AUGAACGGGACAGAAGGCCCGGACUUUUACAUCCCCAUGUCUAAUGUGACGGGUGUAGUACGCAGCCCAUACGAGCACCCACAGUUCUAUUUAGCAGCACCAUGGGUCUUCUACAGCAUUGCUGCUUAUAUGUUGUUCCUCAUCAUUACCUGCACUCCCUUGAAUCUCCUCACGCUGCACGUGACCAUCAAAAACACCAAGCUUCGGACGCCUCUGAAUUACAUCCUCUUAAACCUGGCUGUUGCUGACCUCUUCAUGGUGUUUGGGGGACUCACCACUACGUUCUACACGUCCUUGCACGGAUACUUUGUUCUGGGCCGUGCGGGAUGCAACCUGCAGGGUCUCUUUGCUACGCUCCACGGUGAGAUUGUACUUUGGUCUCUUGUGGUCUUGGCUUUUGAGAGAUGGGUGGCGGUCUGCAAGCCCUUCGGCAAAUUUCGUUUCGGACAGCUCCACGCUACCUUGGGCGCUGCUUUCACUUGGAUAAUGGCCUUUUCCUGCGCCAUACCCCCUCUGCUCGGAUGGUCCCGAUACAUCCCUGAGGGUUUUCAAUGUUCGUGCGGGGUGGACUAUUAUACUUUAAAACCUGAAAUUGAAAACGAGUCUUUUAUCACUUACUUGUUCAUUGUGCACUUUUCAAUUCCUCUCAAUAUUAUUACGUUCUGCUACAGCCGCGUGCUGUGCACGGCCAAGGUGGCGGCCGCCCAGCAGCAAGAAUCUGAGACCGCCCAGAGGGCAGAGCGAGAGGUUACCCGGAUGGUCAUCAUUAUGGUUGUAUCAUUUCUAAUAUGUUGGCUGCCCUAUGCUACCGUAGCUUGGUACAUCUUCACCCAUCAGGGCAGUGCAUUCAGCCCAAUCUUAAUGGCCAUCCCAGCAUUCUUUGCCAAAAACUCUGCUCUAUGCAAUCCGCUUAUUUACAUCUGUAUGAACAAACAAUUCCGUCACUCUAUGAUGUUAAUUGUGUGUGGUGGUAAGGAUCCUUUCCAGGUAGAGGAAGAAAGUUCAAGUUCUACUUCUACCCCGGCAUCUACUGCCUGA